AUGGCCUCCGACCUAUCCUCGCUUCUAACGGCGUCCAAGGCUCUUACUUCUCACCUUGCUCGUCCAGAUCUUCCAUCAGUAAACCUUUCGCUUGACCAAAUCGAGGCGCAGUCACGACGCCUCGUUGCCCGCCAACCAGGCACAUCCACCGACAAUGAUCGCGCCAAUUACCUCCUCGCACAAGCCCAUGUCGACGCCCCUGCGCUUGCGAGCUCCAUCGCACACCUGAAUACCUCUACUACCUUCUCGCCACUCCAGGCGCUGCAGGACACUGAUGUGGCGGGCUACCUCCGUCACGCGCACGAGCAGAACCUCAUCUCCACUAUCGAAGAGGGACGGAAAGAGACACAGGAGGAGUUCUACCGUGUGUUGGAAGACCGCGGGCGGCGUGACUGGGACGCGCGGAAGAAGCGCGUGUUUGAGCAGCUGGGUGGACGCGUUGGAGGGGAUAGUGCGGCACUCGGGGAGUUGAAGAAGAGCGUGCAUGGAAAGGGCGCGUUGUCAACGAGCAUUGGUCCGGGCCUGAACUUGCAUAUGCAAAGUAGGAUGAUGGCGUACGACCGUGUUAUCUCAGAGCUAAACGCAGCAAGAUUGCGCGGUAUAUCCUACCCAAUCAUCCAUGCACUCAUCCAAGCCUCUCGCUCCUUCAACCCCGACCACCUGACGCAGAACUUCCACAUCCUAUCCAAAAUCACCGCGGAGCCUCCCGCUUUACCCCCAGUGGAGCACGCAGGCGCUCACAUUCUCAACGCGCCCUUGUUCGAGCGCAAGUAUGCACGCGUGUACUUGGGUGAGCCCGAGACACGCGAGGCGGUGGAGCUGCGCAGGCAGAUCGCGCGUGGCGCUCGGGAAGCCCUCGAGGAGCAGUAUUGGGACGUCCUCGAACGCACGCUCCAGGCGCGUCCGUUGGAGGCACGGUUAGGCGGCGAUCCCAGCGUGUCGAACAAGAUCCGCGCAUUCCUGCUCGUACGGCAUUAUAGGAAUGGGGAAUGGGAGGAUCGAAUUGAGCUGGUUGCGGGCCAGCCUAUAUGGGCGAAGCUGUUCUACCUCGUUCGCACAGGACAUACUCGGGAAGCACUUGAAGAGGCAGCGCGCUGGCACCAAGCUAUCGAACACCAUGAGUCGAGCUUCCUGGGACACUUUAGGUCAUGGCUCGGGUCGCCCGACAGGCGGCUGCCGAAGCCACACCGGGACCAGCUGCACGCGGUCUACAAUGCGCACAUGCUACACUCUUCGACGGCGGAUCCAUUCAAGCUCGCGCUGUAUAAGCUCAUGGGCAAGAUCGACCCCGCGCGACGCAGCGUGCAGAAUGUGACGGUCACCACGGAGGACUGGCUGUGGUUCCAGCUCGCUAUGGUAGAAGAGGAUGAGACUGGCGGCCUGCGUGGCCUGGCUGAGGUGCUCCUCAGCUAUGGCGAGCGGCACUUUGACGGCGUCACCGGGCAGAAGGGUGCAAGGCGAGGUGUAUGGGCUGGUGUUCUCCUAAUGUGUGGUCAGUUUGAACGGGCUGUGGCGGCAUUAUGGGACCACCAAGAAACAGAGAUUGAAGCUGUGCAUCUAGCCAUCGCACUUGCGUAUCAUGGUCUCCUGCGUGUUCCUUCGCGCGCAGAAACAUCAGACGUGACUCCCCUCUCUUUGUCUCCCCUCUCUCCGCCUGCUUUGAGCCUUUCAACGCUCAUAUGGCGCUACGUGCGGCAGUUCGUCAAAAUGGAUGCGAAAGAGGCGCUGCAGUACGUGUGCUGUGUUCCCCUCAGCGCGGAUCAGGGCGCUGGCGUGGGCAAGGAACAAGUAGAGAGCGCAUGGGAGCUCGUGCGACGAAUCAUCGUCCUCUCAAACACUGGCGCCGCUUGGGAAGAGCUCGUCGGCGGGUUCCGCCCAGACGGCACGCGUUUCAGCGGUAUCAUAGAGCAAGGUGCACCGUUGCUGAAACUGGACGACACGCGCGAGUACAACGAGCAAAUCCUCAUCCGCGCCGCGAAGAACUCUGAGCAGAACGACCGUGUGCCUGAGGCCAUUAAGUUAUACAACCUCGCAGGCGACUACAGGACCGUCAUAGUGUGCCUCGCGCAGGCGCUAGGGAACACGAUCGCGCAGCCAAGCGGCGACGAGAAGGCGCGCGCCAUCGAGCGCACUGCCGCAGAAAUAUUGCGCCACUAUGAGCGCACGAACAGGGCAGUCGGCAAGGAGCGCGAGGCGGUCAUUCGUCUGCUGCGAGUGCGCGAGGCGAUGGACGCGAAGGAUGCGGGCAGGGCGGAGCUCGCACUCGAGAUCAUGGAAUCGACAGAUCUCAUCCCUAUGGAUGGUGAUGUCGCGAAGAUCACGCGCAGAGCAGAGGAGUUCCGCGACUUCCCAGAUGCGCUACAGCGCAACCUGCAGACGUUCCUCACGCUCAUCAUGGACACGCUGGCUAGUGUCCACCAAAAAGUCAAGUCGUCCGCGGUCGCGGACGUCACCCGCCAAAUGACCCUCGCUGGUCUCCGCAAGAAGUCGCGAUCCCUAAUGAUUUUUGCUGGUAUCCUGAAAUAUCGCAUGUCGCCCGACGUAUAUUCGUAUCUAGCUAGGCUAGAUGUUGAGAUCGCUCUAUAG